GACAUGCACAUGGGUCCCCUAGUGUUUAUGCCAUGCUUUCCUGCAACUCAGGGGACGGCCAGCUGGAGAUGCUUACCAAAGUGGAGUCCACAAAGAUCCAUAUUUCCAACUCCCACUACAAAAGGAGUAGCCAGACCUUCAGGAAUCUUGGCAAGUUGAGGGAAAGAAAGAUACUUACUGAGAAGAAAAAACUACUCUGUGCUUGGUCACUGGUAGUUGCGCUGUUUGGAAUUUUAGUGAUGGUACUACAGACUGAACUUUUCCCCCCAAGCAUCUGCAGACAGGAAAAUUACAGCCUCAGUUUGCUGCCUACAUCAACAACCAAAGGAGAAGCUCAUUCAGAGGUGUUGUUCCACAUCAGGCAAAGUUAUGCAACCUUAAUUGCAAAGUCCAUUAUCAGCGUGUCUACAGCUGUGCUGCUUUUACUUAUUAUCACAUUCCAUGCCAGGGAAGUUCAGCUUUUCAUGAUAGACAAUUCAUUGGAGGAGUGGAGAAUUGCUAUGACCACCAAAAAGUUCUUCAGCAUUGUGUUAGAGCUUGUUGUCUGCUCUUUACACCCUUUUCCUACUGGUCUGCAUGACUGCAUUCAGGCAAAUGAGAAUUUAAAGAAUAUUAACAAUCCCCCGUUCUCUAGUCUGGACAUCUUUUUAUGCACAUCAAUGUUCCUUCGCCUGUAUCUGAUUCACAGGACUGUCAUGCUCCAUAGUCGGGUGCUGGUCGAUGCAUCCUACAGAAGCAUUGGAUCACUCAACAAGAUUAACUUCCAGUUCCGCUUUGUACUGAAAAUACUAAUGAACACAUACCCAGGCAUUGUGCUCCUGAUUGUAAUCGUGUGCAUGUGGGUCAUCGCUUCAUGGAUUCUCUCACUCUGUGAACGACAAUAUCCAGAUGCAGCAGGUAAUAUUAUGGGAGCACUAUGGCUCAUUCCAAUUACAUUUCUCACCACUGGAUAUGGAGACUUGGUGCCAUAUACACUAUGUGGGAAGGCAGUCUGUUUAAUCACAGGAGUUAUGGGCGUUAGCUGCACUGCACUUCUAGUUGCUGUUGUAGCAAAGAAGCUGGAACUGAACAAAGCAGAGAAGCACGUGCACAACUUUAUGAUGGACAUGCAGUACACAAAGCAGAUCAGAAAUGCUGCAGCCAAUGUCCUACGGGAGAGCUGGUUGCUGUAUAAACACAACCGGUUGAUGAUGAAGAGGGACACUGCCAAGAUUCGGAAACAUCAGAGGAAUCUCCUGACUGCAAUACAGCUUUUCCAGGAGGUAAGACUAAAGCAGCGGAAGCUUCAAGAUCAAGUUAAUGCUAUGGUUGACAUCUCAAAGAUGCAGAUGAUAAUGUGCGACCUCAGCUCCCAUCUAAAUAGCUCCUACAAAGACCUGGAGAUGAAAAUUGAGUCUCUGGAUAAGAAGCUAGACAAUCUGACUAAGCUGAUAACAACAACAGUGGAACAGCGACAACUAUAGCUGGACAGUAGCUCCUGGUCCUUGGGGCAUGGUCAGGCAUGAAGUUAUAGAACUUUGCAUGUGGACUAACGCAGCCAGCAUGGAUAAGACAGUACCUCAAAAAAAGGGCCUGGCCAAUAUUGCUCUGGUUUACAGUAAUUCUGUUAACAGCACCAGAAUGGAAACUACUCAUUACCUCUGCAAAACUAUAAGACAUUAAAGGCAUAUGUGGCAUUUUCCUGAACUGAAAAAUGUUUUUCUUUGAGAUGCAUUAAACAAGAAAUGGCCCAAGAGCACAGAAGGAUAUUCGACAAAGAGGAUACCUGGGAUCAGCUCUGUAUUUCUGACAACGGAGAGAGAAAGAAUGAAAAUACUAAAUGUACCCAGAAAACACACACAUAAACAUACAAACACAGAAACAUGCAUAGCUGUGCUUGGGCACUUGCACACACGUAUUUAUGAAAUACGCUUACAGUAUUAUAUGUAACACGUUCAUAUGCCUGGGUAUUGGCCUAUGCUUGUGCCCUUCAUCACAACUCCUUUUAGUCUACAAACUGGUUGCAAUACCAGCAGUUCCAUAAUGCUGGCAGACUGAUACCUGAUGUCAUGUUUUGAACAUGCACCAUUGGUUACUUAAGGAAACAGAGUUUGCAAUAAUCUGAAUGGAACAUGGGACAGUUCAUCAGAAGUGCUGGGAAACAGAGUUGCAUGUACUAGAUGGAAUAUAAAGGGAUACAACUGCAUGGAUACAUUCAUCUGCUCAGUAUUACACAGGAAUGAACAAUCACAACAUAGCAAUAUGGCAUCUCAGAAUACUGCUAUUGCAGUUUCAUCAUUUCAUCAUAUAGCAUGUUUCAGUGCUUUGUAGUGUAAUCAUAAGUGAUGAAUAUUAUGGAUGUUUAAAUGAUGACAGGUAAGCCUACAGAUGGUGCUGAUGUCCUGAGCCAUACACAGACUAAAAGGGGAUAAAUGAGGUGGUGAUAUAGAAGGUGAACUGGUACUCUGUCAGUUCUUUAAAACAGAACUAGAUUUUUUCAUAUGCACACUAUUUUUUGCAAACACUUAUUCAGCUCUUGUUCCUUAACUAUACAGGUUAUUUCUUGAUCUCAGUUCUUUGAAUGUCUUAGUAGCUACGUUUUAUAAGAUUCUCCUCAGCAUGUCUCAUGUAAUCAGAGUUCAGCAACAUGUGCCAACAACAGAACAUUAUAACAGUAAUGUAAUCUAUGCUACGUGAUUCUGAAAAGAAUCACAGAACAAAAAUGCAGAUGUGAAACAAGCAGAAAAAGGCACCAAUGUGUCUAGAAUUAUACUGGCAUUUUGGACUGGCAUUUAAAAAGAUGCAAAGGCAGUGAAAUCUGUUUUAUACAUUUGUUAACACAGCAAUAGUCAAAACCCCUUGCAGAGAAUGGAUGUGCCAUGCAGUUAAGCUUGGUAGUAAUUAGAAGGGAUGUUCAGUUAAAAUCAUCAGUUAAACUUUAUAUCAUUUUAGGAAUUAGCUGGCCUUUCAAUGCCCCUGUUCUGUUCACAAAACCAGUGUCACUAUUAUCACAAUAAGUGCAGAAUGUUGUGGCUAGAAAAUAAAAUUAAAACAGUUUCAGCGCAGUAUGGAAAACAAUACAAUAGGACCUGAAUGCAUUUGCUACCAUCUUAAUGCUGUAAGCCAAACCAGGCAAUUUAGGUUGUGAAACAGGCUUUUCACAACUUUCUUGUUGAGUAUUAAUCCUCCUCAUGUCAUCCAGUGUUAUAUAACUGCCUGCUAGUUGGAGAUGAUUUGCGAAGGAGAGGUAAGACCCAAAGAAGCAAUAGAAGGUCCAAGGUCCAAAUGUUAUCUUGGCUAGUUUGUCAUUGAAAUAUACCACUGAAUUUUGUAUGCCUGUUUAAUGUAUUGAGACCCUCCUGUGUGAGUUUUAGGACAUUGUGGAUUUAAACCAUGUGUCUGAAAAUAAAGCAGCUGAAAAGCUAUUGAUUUCUA